CAGAGGGUCUCUUUAUCUCUCUCUCCAGCGAGUUCAGCCAAUCAUGCAGUCAGUAAAGUCAGUUUCUCUGCACGGACCCGCCCGCUACACACACACACACACACACACACUCCUGCCGCUUCACGCACACUUCUGCGCUCCUGCUUUCUGGAUGUCCACUUAUAAAGACUUUCACAUGAUGGAUAAAUAUUCAUCCUCGAGGACUUGUGAGUGUGAUCUGAUGCUUCAGUGAUGUUUUCCUGAGGACAGAGAGUAUGUGUUCUUCGGGAUGGGGGCGAACAAUGGAAAACAGUGUGAAAGUGAAGGCAAAGGCAGCUCCAGUAUAUCGUCUGACGUGAGCUCCAGCACUGAACACACACCCAGCAAAUCUCACAAGAAUGCGGCGACCAGUGAAGAUUCAGACCAGAGCAUGAGGACUCCCAGUCCGGCCCUCAUCCUGAACCCAAACCCUCCUCAAACCGUCCCCAACGGCCGUGAAUCCUCUCUGGGGGAAACAGUGGCAUUAAUUCACCCUCCUCCAGCCACUCGCUCAAAGUCUACAAAACCCCCUCACACUGCCUUAAUCGACAUCCUUCCCGAUCCUGUUUUACUGCACAUCCUCUCGUACCUGUCCACUCCUCACCUGUGCCUCUGCGCUCGAGUUUGCCGCCGCUGGUAUAACCUAUCCUGGGACCCGCGGCUGUGGAGUACCAUUCGCCUAAAUGGAGAACUGCUAAAUGCUGAUCGGGCGCUAAAAGUGCUCACUCAUCGGUUGUGUCAGGAUACUCCCAACGUGUGUCUGACCCUGGAGACGGUGGUGGCCAGCGGCUGCCGGAGACUCUCCGAUCGUGGGCUGCGAGUGAUCGCCCGCUGCUGUCCGGAGCUGAGGUGUUUGGAGGUGGCAGGCUGCUAUAAUGUGUCCAAUGACGCGGUGUUUGAUGUGGUCUCCAAGUGUCCCAAUCUGGAACAUUUAGAUGUAUCAGGCUGUCCUAAAGUGACGUGUAUCAGCCUGACGGAGGAGGGAUCUGUGCAACACACACCUCUACACGGACAACAGAUCGGUCUGCGAUACCUGAACAUGACGGAUUGCGUUUCACUGGAGGACAAAGGCUUGAAGACCAUUGCAAUUCACUGUCCGCGUCUCACACAUUUAUACCUGCGCCGCUGCAUCCGGAUAACAGACGAAUCCCUGCGCCAGCUAGCACUGCAUUGCACAGCCUUACGCGAGCUCAGCCUUAGCGACUGCCAUCUAGUGGGAGACUUUGGUUUGCGUGAAGUCGCUCGUCUGGAAGGCCGUCUACGCUAUUUAAGUGUAGCACAUUGCAUGCGGAUAACAGAUGUCGGACUGCGUUAUGUAGCACGCUACUGUCCGCGGCUACGCUAUCUGAAUGCACGGGGGUGUGAAGGACUGACAGAUCAGGGUUUGAGUUAUUUAGCUCGAAACUGCCCUCGAUUGCGGUCCAUUGACGUAGGACGCUGCCCGCUGGUGUCGGACGCUGGACUGGAAGUGUUAGCACACUGUUGUAAAAUGCUCAGAAGGCUGAGUUUGAGGGGAUGCGAGAGCUUGACGGGACGAGGAUUGAUGGCACUAGCAGAAGGAUGUCCUGAACUGCAGUUAUUAAACGUACAAGAGUGUGACGUGCCGCCUGAAGCACUUCGACUUGUUAGACAGCACUGCAGACGCUGUGUGAUUGAACACACCAUUCCUGCUUUCUACUGAGAGGGGGAAUAAUCCUCUGAAAACUGAUGUGCAUAUUUGAUACUUUCCUAUAUACGACUGCAACAUGUCAGAUAUGUCUCAAAACCAGGCAAGGGCCGGUAUACAAUUCUGAUGGCAUCAUAACCUUGGAUAAAAAUAUCACGGUCUCACUACAUUUUUUCACUCAUUGAACACAGUACAUUUUAUUUUAAGAAACAUUUAUAAUAUUUUGGAGCAGUAAACAUGUCAGGCUGAAUAACUCAAAUAAAUCAAUGACUUCUAAUGUCUUCAUUAGCUUCAAAAAUGCUGAUUACUUUACAUCACAGGUCUGAAACUCAAUUCCUGGAGGGCCGCAGCUCUGCACAAUUUUGCUCAAACCCUAAUCAAACACCGCUGAUGCAACUAGUCAAGGUGUUCACGACUCUUUUGAACACUUGAUUAUUUGGAUUGAUUCAUCACUUCCAUAUUUGUACUGUUCAUUAACAAGACGACAGCGCCAAAUACUGGCCUGGUAUAUGUAAUACAGUUUUUCCCAUUUACAUAGAUAUGUGUAUAAACGUGGAUCAUAUUGAAAAUGUCAUGAAUAUCUGAAGGUUUUUUAAAACAAAAGGGAAAAACUUCUCUGUUUUUAGCUAUAUUGCUCACGUAAACAUAGCAUCAGACCUCCCUAGCCUACUGUAGUAGGUUGACCAGCUGUCUACAAUUACCACUACAAUUCGGAGGCAAAUCCUGCGCCAUCUUUCUGUGGUUUAACUCUAACGCCCCAUUCACACGGGGCAUCAGCGUCAACGCUUCCCAUUCACUGUGAAUGGCUGACGUCAGGCGUUGUCGAACUGCAUUGUGGGUCUGUCUGCGCUGCUUCAGAUGCAUUGCUCGCUGCAGAAGUUGGGACUUGCUCAACUUUUCAAGUGCAGACGGAAGCAUCAGCCAAUCAGAUCGCUGUAUGCAAAUACACCAGCUAGACAGUGGCCUAUUGCUGACUAAUUUCAUUGGCUGACGCUGCUAUGACGAUUGCUUCAGCCCCAACUUCAAACACCCCUUCAGUUAAGCGUUGAUGCUGAAGCCCUGUGUGAAUGGGGUGUCACAUACCAGCCCCAAAUUUUUCAAAUCCCAAAAGCAUUGAUUAAAAUUUUCAGAUGAGUUUAAUUUGGGUUGGAGCUAAACUGUGAAAGGUGUACAAUUCUGCUUAACUCUUGCUCUUCAGGACGAUACAAUUUCCAGUUUCUUAAGGUUUUGAGACACAUCGCGGCACAAUGUUGCUUCUUGCAGAGCUGUACCAUGUUCUUGCUUAUUAAAGAACUAUGUGAUGCAUAUAAGCAUACUAUUUAUCACCUGAAAGCAAUGCAUUAUUGUCACAGUUCAUUGCUGGUGUUUUUCUUUGUUCGUUUAGGUUAGCUAAAGAGCCAGCCUCCAUUUCUAAUAAUGGUCAGGUUUAAGGUUAAACGUUUGAGGGAUAUACUAAUUGUGUUUUCCCCACAGGUUUAAAGCAAGAGGUGGUGGAUUUGAUGAUAUAUAUUUUCCUUUAUUAUAUAUGAAAUUGUCCUAGCCUAUUGUUUUCCCAUUGUUUUCUUAAGAAAGCCAAAAUUGAAUUCAAGAGACCAACCUGGUUCAAUAAAACUAGGAGUAUAUGGGCAUUUGCACUUUAAAGGGCAUUAAUGACAAUCACAGAAUGACAACUCAAAGAUCUAAAAGUCUUUUAUUGGAUAUCCCACAUCACAGAUUUAGUAUUUUUUAGUAUGUGAAAGCAAUAUCUUGCUGCUAAAAACAUUAAAUAAAGGGCUACUCAUUUAAACUUUCUCUUUCGUUUGUUGUAUUGGAGAGCUUAAUCAAGGUGAGUUGCUCAGACAGACAAAAACGGAAAGCAUCUUUGGUCAAUGUAGUUAUUGAAAGUGAUCAGAAGCCACGUUCUGAAAUCCUGCUAUCGAUGUGAUUAUUGAAUGAUCACCUUGCAUUAUAUCUCUGCUGAAACAAUAUACUGUCAAAGACUUUACACAAGACGUGUCACUCGUAUAGUUUUGAAUGGGGUAAAGUGUAACGGUCAAUAUGGUGAAUUAAGCCCCGCCUACUAGUACAGGAGCCAAUCAUCGAUCGCUAUAGACUGAUGUUUCUCUGGGGGAGAAGCUCGGAGCAGACGUGUGCUUUUACGACAGUUUGGUGGUCAACAAACACACUGAUAUCUCAGCGAAUACUUGCUUCACAGAUGUAAGAAGUAUAUAUAUCGCAUAUGAUCACAUUUCUUUUGAGUGUGCAUGCGCAUUAGCUCGGGAAACAUGAAAAUAUGCCGAUUUUGUUUGAUUCGGAUGUUUAUAAACAAAACUUAUAAGACAGUUGUUGUUUAAUUUUAUUGGUGGCUCCAAAUAUGUAACUUAAUGGCAAGCUUGGCUAACAGUUUUGGAGAUGUUUGAUGUUUGGCCAUUCAGACAGAAUGCCCGAGAGGUGUUUUAAAGAUGGCCACCGAGUGAAAUGUCGGCCUUAACGGGACUUUGAUAUUGUGCAGCCCUAAUGAAUACCAUAGUAACUUACCAGAGUUGUGUAGCCAAGCAGAAGCUACUGGGUCAAUAUGCAAAAAUUAAAACAUUGUACGGCCCCCAAACCCUUAAUUCCAUUGAAGGGACGUUCACAAACAUUCACAGUUGUGUAUCAAAACCAGAAAGGAACUUUAAAAACAGGCCCAGCCUGUGACUGAGGUACAGUUUUAAUUGCACACAUACUGACUUUCUCCUUAAUAAUAUCAUUUCAGAAAUGUACUACUGCAAAUUCUGGAUAGUGAAAUCGUGUAAAGAGGUAAAGUUGGUUUUAUUUUCGCACAUUCAUGAAUUU